AUAAAGCUGAGCGUCAAGGACGAGAAAGACCUGAAUUAUAUUUAUUCUUUUCUAGAUAAAACAUAUUAUAAAAUGGACUCUUCGAGUGUGCGAGACAUCCUGGACAAGACAAGGGCCUUGGUUGAGGAACAUCUUUCAACUGGUAGUCUCUCAAGCCGCAUUCAAGCCCAAGAUCAGGUGCAAAAGUUAGUAUGGGCUCUAGAGCAGCCUCGAGAUGCGAUUAUGAAAUUGGCCUAUGGCCCGGCUGUCACUAUGGCGCUCAAGAUAGCCCUUGAUCUGAACAUAUUUUCCGUGUUAGCGCCAGCUACAUCGCCAGUGCCCUUGGCCGAGCUUGCAGCCGCAAAGCAGGCAGAUCCUCUGCUGGUUGAGCGAGUCUUGCGAGUCUUGGUCGCCAAGGGGAUUGUCAAUGAACCUGCCCCUGCUGAAUAUCUACCCACCGCUGUGGCGAAAGAGUUGACCCAGCGACCGUCGAUUGGAGUAUUGGAAUCCCUAUUCUGUGAAUUCAUACCUCUUUUCCGCCAGACACCGGAAUUCCUCAAGUUGACAAAGUACAGAAAUCCGGAAGAUCCACUAGCUACUGCAUUACAGUAUACGUACAACUUCAACAAUAUGGACGGCUUUACUUGGUUGUGUGGGAACCCGGAUGCUCUACGUCGUUUCAACGGUUUCAUGGAAGGACAAAGGACGGAUCGUCCUCACUGGGCUGACUGGUUCCCUGUUCGUGAGCGAGUUCUGGACCAUCCGGACUUGGGCCCGGAAACACCAUUGAUUGUUGACAUUGGAGCGAACCGAGGCCAUGAUUUGAUCGGUUUCAGACAGAGAUUCCCGGAUGUUCCGGGCAAAUUGAUGCUGGAAGAUCUUCCAAAAGUGAUCGAUGAAGUUCGGGAUGCACAGGACCUUGAAGCCGCAAAGGUGGAGACUCAAGUAUUUGACUUUUUCAAUGAGAUCCAGCCCAUUCAUGGGGCCAGAGUAUAUUAUUUCAAGCAUAUUCUUCAUGAUUGGUCCGACGAAAAGGCAAGCAUUAUAAUCAAGAACCUCAAGCCUGCCAUGAGGCCCGGAUUCUCAAAGAUCAUCAUGGAGGAGUACAUACUUGCAGAUCAGAACGCUGCCUUACUUUCUUGCGUGACUGACAUGGCUGUUAUGGCGUUUUGCUCAGGCCUGGAGCGGACACGCCGGCGCUGGGAUACCCUACUGACAGAAAAUGGCCUAAGGGUGAUAAAGUACUGGGUACCAGAGGGAGAUGGGCUUGGGAUCAUUGAAGCUGAACUUGCAGAGUAGGAUCGAGAAAAUCCUAUCAACCCGUUAAAAGAUGAAUAUGUUCAACACUAGGAGGAAAUCUAAGAAGAGGCUUUAACAGCUAGAAUGAGAAGUGUUUAGUCUAUAUGGAGUCACAAUUCCAUUAAUCUAUCUCGAAAAUGUUAGAAGGCUUUGCCAGU